ACCAUAUUCCCAUUCACCAUUCCCAAGCACAAGCACAGCACAGCAACCCCCAGCCCAACCUAACGCCCUGCCUGCCUGCCUCGUUCGCUCGCUCGCUCCUCUUCAACCCCCGCUUUCCAUGCCCUUCCUCUCCUCCUCUCCCUCCUCUUUCUCCCCGUUGCUCCUCUGUUGGUUCAGUUUGCUUUGCCUCCCCUUCCCUUUCUUCGGCCAUCUCUCCUUGCCCCCCCUCCUCCUGCUCCUUCAUCCUUAUUAUUCUCCCCUCUCUAGUGACGCUUCAUCACGCCGCCACUCUCCCUGCAACCCCUCUUACUAUUCUCUCUGCAUCUCCUCUUUCCUCCCUUCUCUUCCCUUCAUUUUGAUUGUCCACAGCCCCUUCUCAAUUUCAGUUUCCACCCGUACGGAUGUAGCCUAAUUCUGCACCAUCAUUCCGAGGAGGACUUGGAUGCCGUCCCCUCAAUUGCAUAUCUUUCGAUGGGAUCCGAUGUUUGCCUAUUGCCCCAACUCUCUCCGCUAUCCCUAGGAUUAUACUAGUGUCGUUGGGGUAGGUCUGCUGCUUCAGAGUGGGGAUUAAAUCAAUGGUCCCAAUUCUGUCCUUGCCCUGCUAUUUUCGCCGUGCAAAAUUUGACGUGUUUCUUACUCGUGCGCACACGAUAACACCUGAAGUCGUGCAUAACUGGAGACAAUUCUGAGAAUUUUGGAUCAGCCUACGCUUCAUAGAUUUUCUACUCGCACUUAUCGACAGAUGACGUCUUAAAUGCCUGGAUUGUGUAAGAUUGUUUAGUUCACCGCCAUUCAAGCUUUUAGUACAUUGCACAAAAUUGUUUGUCAUGCGUGCAUUUGCUCAAAUUUAAGCCUGAAUAAGUAUCAAGAUUCCAGUGUAUAUACGUCCAAACUGUCAAGAGGAGCUAUGGCGGGUGUCGAGCAGAUGAAAAAGAAGCUAUUGCCUCUCUUGAACAUGGAUUCAAGUCUUGCGCCAGGCAUGUCCAUUGACGCGUCUGCGUCUUACAAGGUGACGGAUGGAGGCUCAAUGAAACUUCUUAGUAGGUCUUGUGCGGAGUACAACAUCAAUGAGCUCGGACUCCAGAAACGAAAAUCAACAACAUUCGAUGCCCAAGGGGAUGCUGGGGAUCAAGAGAAGACAUACCAGUGUGCAUCCAGUGAGAUGUGUGUCUUCGGGGCAAUUGGUUGGGGAGCUAGCAGUGUAGUUCGUAAGGCCAUACACAUUCCAACCCAUCGCAUUCUGGCUUUGAAGAAGAUUAAUGUCUUCGAGAAGGAGAAGAGACAGCAGUUGUUGAACGAGAUCAGAACACUUUGCGAGGCACCGCAAGUUAGGGGUUUGGUAGAGUUUUACGGAGCAUUCUAUUCUCCAGACAGUGGACAAAUCAGCAUAGCACUUGAGUACAUGGACGGUGGCUCUCUUGCUGAUAUCGUUCGAACGAAGAAGUUCAUACCUGAACCUAUCCUCUCCGUCAUCACACGCAAAGUAUUACAGGGCUUAGUGUUUCUACAUAAUGUAAGACAUUUAGUACAUCGGGACAUUAAGCCAGCGAACCUGCUGAUUAAUCUUAAUGGGGAGCCCAAGAUUACAGAUUUCGGAAUCAGCUCGGGUCUUGACAAUUCUAUUGCCAUGUGUGCUACCUUUGUAGGCACGGUGACAUACAUGUCUCCUGAGAGGAUCAACAACGAGUGUUAUUCGUACCCGGCAGAUAUAUGGAGUCUUGGGCUGGCGUUGUUGGAAUGCGGUACUGGUGAAUUUCCAUAUAGUGCAAAUAAAGGGCCUGUCAACCUGAUGCUUCAAGUUAUGUAUGACCCAUCACCAUCACCACCUGCUGAUCGUUUUUCAUGGGAGUUUCGGUCUUUUGUGGACGGUUGUCUUCUGAAGGAGGCAGAGGCCCGUCCAACAGCUGAGCAGUUGAUGUCUCAUCCGUUUAUAAAGAAGUAUGAAGGUCAACAAGUGGAUCUGGCAGGUUUUGUACAAAGUGUUUUCGAUCCUACUGAGCGACUGAAAGAUCUAUCAGACAUGCUCACAGUUCAUUACUACAUGUUAUUUGAUGGUGCUGAUGUGCGGUGGCCUCAUAUGAAGGGUCUUUAUGCCUCAAACUCCACUCUUUCAUUUGUAAACCAGGUCGUAACUGGUGCUGAUGAGAUAUACAACACUUUGACGAACAUCAGGAGUAUGCUGGCUGGUGAACGAGCCGAAGAAAGAUUAGUGCAUGUGGUGGAAAAUUUGCAGUGUUGUGCGUUUGCGAAGCGGGGCGUUAUGAUUCGUGUGUCAGGGACGUUUGUGGUCGGAACACAUUUCGUGCCAACAGGUGAUGGUGUCCAAGUGGAAGGAGUACCUAGCAGUCCAUGCAUGGAUGUUGAGAAGCGGCGGAUGGGCACUUUUAAUGAACAAUUUUGCAUGGAACCAGGGGAACAAAUGGGGUCAUUUUAUAUUUCAAAGCAAGAGCUCUACAUUCAGCAAUAGUAGUGCAUAUAAUUGUUGCUGCGGGGUCUUUGUAUGUUUGCCAGUGGAUAUUACUGGCUGGAAGCUACGGAAUGGACGUUGCAGCUGUCUCGACUGCGAAUUUAAAUGGAACUUGUUAGUGAUAUGUAUUUCGAAUACUGUGAAGAAGCCGUUUUUAUCAUGAAAUUCCUUUCCAUAGCGGCCAGACUUGAUGAACGUUACGCCUGACAUGGAGCAUUCGGUGGAAGGAAUUGUGUAAAAGAGAGGAGCUCCAUUUGUGGAACGAAGAUGUAAAGAUGUAGAUGUUGGGGGCCGAAAAUAUACUAGCCUGCCCUAUCUUUUGAGAUCACCAUCGGCUUUUUUUAAUAGAAGGCUCUUGCAGGCUCCGGUAAUCCUUUUUAAAAAUUAAUUUUUAAGAACUUUUCCUUUCUUUUCUUCGCUUUUCUUCUAAAUUCGUAAAGCCACGAUGAGCUAGAUAGAGGGCGGUAAUCUAGUUUACUUCAUAAAAGAUUAGGUGGACAGAAAUGUGCAGGUCUCUAACUGCUGUUGUAUACGCCGGUGAAACUUAAAAAAACAUAUUCCCUAUCCUUGAACGGUGAUCCAAAUUUUUCCUUUUUGGGACAUCGCUUGUACG